GGAUUCUUAACAACAGACUGCUGGUGCGAUUGUUCAAUCACCGGCGGUGCGAAAAUGGAGGCAAGCUCAAGAGCUUCUCGUAGCCGUAAUGUACCCGAUCUGUUAAAGAAGCCUAAAAUUCCAUUCGCGUUGGCCUUAAUCGUCGCAGAUGCAAUCCUCGUCGCACUUAUCAUCGCCUAUGUUCCAUACACGAAGAUCGAUUGGGAUGCUUACAUGUCACAGGUAAGUGGGUUUCUAGGGGGAGAGAGAGACUAUGGGAGCUUGAAAGGCGACACAGGGCCUUUGGUUUACCCAGCGGGUUUCCUCUAUGUUUACUCUGCUGUACAGAAUUUGACUGGAGGACAAGUCUACCCUGCUCAGAUUCUCUUUGGUGCUCUCUACAUUGCCAAUCUGGCCAUCGUCUUGUUCAUCUAUGUCAAGACUGAUGUGGUGCCAUGGUGGGCGCUAACUCUGCUCUGUUUAUCCAAGCGUAUACAUUCCAUUUUUGUUCUCCGUCUCUUUAAUGACUGUUUUGCCAUGACUCUUCUUCAUGCCUCCAUCGCUCUCUUCCUCUCUCGUAAAUGGCAUCUCGGCAUGCUUCUUUUCAGCGGUGCUGUUUCUAUUAAGAUGAAUGUACUUUUGUAUGCUCCUCCUUUGUUACUUCUGCUACUUAAGGCUAUGAAUAUACUUGGAGUGGUAUCUGCUUUAGCUAGUGCAGCUCUUGUUCAGAUACUCGUGGGAUUGCCCUUUCUUUUAACUUAUCCGGUUUCAUACCUUGCCAACGCCUUUGAUCUUGGACGUGUUUUUAUCCAUUUUUGGUCUGUUAACUUCAAAUUUGUUCCAGAACGAGUUUUUGUGUCCAAACAAUUUGCAGUGUGCUUGUUGAUUGCUCACUUAUGUCUCCUUGCGGUGUUUGCAAAUUACAAAUGGUGCAAGCAUGAAGGCGGGAUUAUAGGCUUCAUGCGUUCUAGGCGUUUCUUCUUGACGCUUCCGUCUUCGCUCUCGUUCAGUGAUUUUGCAACCUCAGGGAUUCUUGCGAAAGAACAUAUUGUAACGACCAUGUUUGUUGGGAAUUUCAUUGGCGUUCUUUGUGCUCGUUCUCUGCAUUACCAAUUCUAUUCAUGGUACUUUUAUUCCCUGCCAUAUCUGCUAUGGAGAACUUCGUUUCCUACUUGGCUGCGCUUGAUAUUGUUCCUGGGUAUCGAGCUGUGCUGGAACGUGUAUCCAUCAACUCCACUUUCAUCAGCUUUGUUACUGUGUUUACACUUGACCGUCCUAUUGGGUCUCUGGUUUGGUCCUUCAGAUUAUCCUUACAUACUCAAACAAGAUCAACGACACAAAAAGCAGAAGUGAACCUUUUUGAUUAGUUAAAGAAUUUACAGUCAGCUUUAUUAUGUGUAUGGGAUAAGCUAAUCAAUCUUAUGGUGGUUUAUACUAAAAGUUUUUGUGUUUCUGUCCAAAUAUACAUGUGUUAUUUCGUCCUUGAAUUAAACCUUUAUCCGUUACACUUACUUUGGUUUCGCUCUUCUCUUGUUAUCUGAUUGGGAAUCUGUGCUACUACUUAGUUUUUCUAACUAUUUAUUUGUGUGCGUUCGAGAAAGAUGGAAACGAAUUAUUUCACUUCUUUUGGUCAUCGUCUUCCCAGAAGUUACUGUCGUCAUAAAUGAUUCGAAAGUCGUGUCCCCGCCAAGGAAAGAAAGAAAAUAUGUGCUUGUUUACGAAUAACCUGUCAUUGCAACUGCUAGUUCUUCUUCAACAGAUGAACCUAGUCAUUUAUGACUUAUGAUCAAGACAAGUCAAAUCCGAUAUGGGAGUUGGAUCAAGCUGAAUCUCAGGACUCCAGGUCACUCUGUUAUCCCCUUCAUGAUUCCUUCUGUCUAAUGUAACCACGAGGGUUUACUUAUCUUUUAUUCUCGAGUGCAAUGUUUCUCUUUUCGUAUUAUACGUCUGCUCAUGUGUAACCAUAGAAAUCCAAUGAAGAAUGAAUACUAUUGUCCUUGUUGACUUCCUGCUAAUUCAUCUAAUUGUUCUCUUGUUAUUACUUCUAUAUUGGAGUGAUCGAUUGUGAAAAAAAGGAAGUAAAAAAGAACUGUUUCCUCAGUCUUAUCCACAAGCUUUAGGAUUUUCUUUGUGUUCUUGGUUUACAUUAGUCACUGUCUGUCCUUGUGUACUGUUGAUCAUUGCCUAAAGAAAGUAAACAUUGAGUUUUUCACUUGUAGAAACCCUUUCUCUGUCUCGUGAUGUUUCUGUUAAAUAUUGAUGUAAAGCAUUGGUUGGUGCUGGCAAAUUAAGGCUCGACUCCAGAAGAAGGAAGACGUGAGAUUAUUUUCAUUGGCUUUUGAUUAACCUUCUCGACCUAUUUUUAUUUUUUAGUUAUUUUUGUUCCUUACCAUGAGUGUCAUCUUCAUUUGUUUUUUUCUUUCUGUUAAUAAAUAAGAUAAGACUCGGUGGUUACACAGUCCUGAUACAUGUAAUACUGCAUCCAUUGAAUCUAAAGUUUUUUUUCUCCCAUGAGAGUUAAUAGAAAAUGCUUACUGUUGAAAAUUUUUAUAGCCACCUUUCAGAUUUGCCUUAGAUAGACGACCUCUUACAGCUGAUAACAUCUUGUCUGUUGCUUUUUUUGUUGAUCAUAGAUUCCACUAACACAAAGAUGCAAAGAAAAGGUGAAGUUUUUUAACCUUUUCGCAACUUGCACAGGAAUAAUAAAUAUUGUCACUAUAGAGUCAAAAGUUUGAUUGUGACAUUAGAA